AUGGAUGCCCUGAGUGAGUUCGCUAAGAGAAGUGACCGGCGGAUGUCCGGACACGACAUCAGGACGUACUGUGGCGUGAGUGUGGAGGAGUGCGCCAGGCGGUGUCACACGGACACGGACUACAACUGCCGAUCAUUCGAACAUGACGGAAGUUGCUGCCGUACAAGUGAGGCCAACACAGAAAACGACCCGAGUCAUUACGAAGUCCACAGCGGCACCGACUACUACGAGCUGAAGCCGGGGGCGUGGCUUGACUACUACACCGAGUUCAAAAACCACCGCCUCCGGGACUCAGCCAAUCAGAUCCUCUGUAACAUCAAGCCUGACGACUGCGGACGGAAGUGCAUGCAGGCUACUGACUUUCAGUGCAGGUCCUUCUACUUCGACCGUUCCUUCGGCUGUUGCUACCUGAGUGAGAAGACGCGGUCCUCAGGAUCAUAUGUCUCCUCAAGCUCACAUGACUACCACGAAGUCAAGUCAGGCGUUCUGUCCGACUAUUUCGAGGUCCAGAGACACCACCAACUCGCCAACAACAACGACCUGGUGCUGUGCAGCGUGACUGUCGACGACUGCUACCAACGGUGUCUUCAAGAAACCUCCUUCACCUGCAAGUCUUUCGACUUCACUCACUCUUGGGGAUGUUGCUAUUUGAGCUCCGCUGACCGAACAACUGCAUCCUCAAGUUAUCAGUCCGCCAGCGGAAUUGACUACUACCAAGUAAAGACUGGUUACCGUUGGCGCCCUGACGGACGGUGCGGGCACGGGUACUCGGCAGACCUGGCGAACCCUGCCGAGUGCGACCCCGAUGGAGACUACUGCUGCGUCAGCACCAGGUGCCAGACGGGGACGUGUAGCAGCGGGGCCGAUUAUCGUGGGUGGAACAGAUGCGGUGAGCGAGAGUGCACGUGCUCCACUAGCGACAAGAAAGUGAGCUGCAACAGCCACUCCCUGAGCUACGUUGACUUCUUCGUCCCAAGAAGCACAAGAUAUCUAGAUCUGAGGUCGAACGACCUUCAUGGUGUUCCAGUGUCCACACUGGCCGGACUUGACGAACUCACCACACUAGACUUGUCCGGUAACCACAUCAGCACCUUGCCGUACGGACUCAUGGACGACCUCAGAAGUCUUCAGACACUGAAGCUGAACGGUAACCUGUUUACUAACUUUGCCAUGGGAACAGUUCUGAACAUACCCAGUCUGAGGAACUUCUACCUGUCGUCUAGUACACGCGUCAGGUUCACGUGGUCCUACCAGCCCGAGUCGUUCCCAGGCGUGAGCUGCCCCGGGUCCAACUGUUACUCCUCCUGCGGGGACCCGAGUUACCUGAACGGGCCUCAGGACUGGAGCCGUCUGCAGUCACACCUGGUCAUCAAGAAGCUGUACUUCGACCUGGCGGACCUGUUCUAUUACGUCAGCGACGCCACGCAGUCGGUCACUAUCUACGCUAACACCGUGGUGACGUCGGUUGGCGUAAGCUUCAACUUCGACUUGACCAUCAACGCGCGCGAGUUCUGGACGGAUGACGGCUACCUGUCCUUCAGCCUGCCGAGCGGUCAGCACUCCGGUCCCAUGGUCAGCUGUGGCAAACUGGACGACAACUGGCAGCAAAUCAACAUCAACAUCGGCGGCCGGCUGAAGGUGAACCUGGUAACGAACGAGUCCUACGCGAUGCCGUACCCCUGUAGCCAGACGUCCAGCUCCGCCCUGACCGCCCAAGCCGACAAGGACGUGCUGGGUCUGACUGUCCAGUGUGCACGCAUUCUGGCCGACAGUCAUGACCUGAGCGAUCCGCGCAGCCUGCCCAUGCGCAUGCUGGACUGGACCAUUGCCCAGUCCCGCAGGGGUGGUGCCAUAGGUGUAGUCCAUUCUGACGCCGUGCAAGCAAAGGCACAACUCAAGUUAGCAGGGGCUGGGUACCAUUACGUACCGUACAUGUCCAUGGCUGUGUAUCAGAACAUGCUCAGUAACUACUACAGUCAGAUCAACGUGUACCGUCAGGAGUAUAACCGCCUGAUGGACAGGACUCAGUCCAUUAACAUACGACUGGAGGCCGCACGGGCGCUGUUGUCACGUGUCAAUGACGUCACGACCCUCCAGGCGCAGGACCUGGCCGAUCUGGAGCAGGAGAUCGAGCGCACCAAACAGACCAGGGUCGACAUGAAGGUUCGCUUUGAGGAGUCUAAGGUGGCUCUUGACGACGCACGGCUCGCCUUCGAGGAAGGAAUCGAGCAGUACAAGCAGGAGCAAGCCGCGAAGGCCGCCUUCGGCUUCCUCAGGGCCAUCCUCUCCAUCUUCACGCUGGGAGCUCAGCCUCCGGAAGACGACUCAGUCGCGGACAUCCAAGAACUGAUCGGCGCGGUGGUCGACAUCGCCAACACCAUCAAGAUGCUGUCUGCACUGUUUGACCAACUGGCCGACUUCGACGCGAUUCUCGAUGAAACCAUGGCGGCGGUGGAGGACUUGUCACUGGCGGAGUACGAGGACUACAUCUUGGAUGUCCAACAGGCUGCGGACCUGCACGUGUCGCUGGUGGAGUGGAGUAACCUGAAGGUGGCCGCGGACGUGCUGCUCGGACACGGCAACGUGCAGAAGAUCCGGGGCUCCGGGAAGUACCGGCGCGCGCUGUCGGACACCAGUCAGUGGGGGAAGGCCGUGAGCGAGCAGACCAUCGCCCUGGCACAGAUGAUGGUGCAGUACCAGAGCGGGCAGCGCUGGCUGAAGGCAUCCGAGCGGGAGAGAGACCGCAUCCAGGCGCAAAUCUCUCUUGACGAGAGUCGGAGGGAGAUCAGUCUGGAGACAGAAGCUGCGGCGGGGAUGCAAGCCUUCCAGGUGAAACUGGGCAUGAACAACAUCCUACUGGACUACUGCGGCUCGUACUUCUACUUCCAGUUCCGGCAGUGCGGCAGUAACUACAGACCCAGCCUGAGCGAUGACAUGCUUACUCUGCUACAAAAGAUCAACAACGCCAACCGUGACGCCCAGGCCAGCCUAGGCAGCUUCACCAGAGUGCCACAACCCUUCGACGAUAUUCAGAUCAACCUGUCUGACUCGAUUAACGCCGAUGACUGCCAGGGUAUCGACAGAUGUCCGAUCGACCAGCUGAAACAGACAGGUUCUCUCAGCUUCACCCUGGACAUGAGCGACCCUACCUUCAGCGGCUGGGACCGCGUCAGGAUAGAGAGGAUCCGGGCGUACAUCAGAGGUGCCGACAACACCGGCAGUCACCUGCGUGUGUCCAUCAGUAACAGUGGAGAGUUCCAGGAUCGCUACCAGGGCACGGACUACGAGUUCGCCAGCCUGCCUGUCAAGAGGCGGUUCGAGUACAACCCUAACGGACUUCCUGGGAGUGACAUCAUCGUGGAUGGAGAAGUACAUCAGAGUUUCACGGGUUACUUCUACCAGACCACUCCCUUCACCACCUGGGUCAUCCAGCUGCUGCCCAGCCUGAACCCAGGCCUGGACCUGAGCCGGGUCACACAGGUCGAACUCCACUUCAAGGGCAGUGUGGUGACCAACUACAGGGGUGUGGAGAUCCCAAAGAACCUUGUAAUUAACCUGUGAGGCUCACCCAAGCAGGUCAAACAGAAGCUUACAAUGAUGUCAAAUGAAAGAUAAUAAACUAUGUUGAUA